AUGGGCAUCUCAGUGGGCGACAAAUUUCCGGAAGGCGUCAAGUUUGAAUGGGCGCCCAUUGACACCGGAGACCCAACCUCCUGCUCUAUGCCACAAGAUUACGAUGCGUCCAAGGAAUGGAAAGGCAAGAGAGUAGUUCUUGUCUCCGUGCCAGGAGCAUUUACGCCCGGCUGUCAAGCCCGCCACCUUCCACCCUACGUCUCGAACAUCGAUAAGAUUCUCCAGAAGAAUGUAGACUUGGUAGCUGUCAUUGCUUCCAACGAUGGCUGGGUGAUGAGUGCUUGGGGGAAAGUGAAUGGUGUAAAUAACUCCGAGAAGAUCUUGUUCUUGUCAGACACCAAGACCCAGUAUGCAAAGCAGAUCGGCUGGAUGGCAGGAAUGGGUGAGCGCAACGGUAGAUGGGCCAUGAUUAUUGAAAAGGAUGGUACCAUUAGCUAUGCCGAGCAGGAGAAGGAUCCUCGACAGGUUACGGUAUCUGGUGCCGAUGCGAUCCUUGCGAAGCUGUAG